AUGUCGACUAAGCACUUCAUCAACGACCCGGCAUAUCUGGUUGAGUCAGCACUCCGGGCAGUGACAGUGACCAACCCCGGAGUUGGUCUAGAUGCCGCCAACAAAAUUCUGUACACCCGGCCAGGGCUCAUACCUCAACAGCAGAAGGUGCACCUGAUCUCAGGAGGUGGAUCUGGACAUGAGCCGUCCUUUGCCGGUAUGGUUGGCCCAGGGCUACUGAGUGCUGCAGUAGCGGGCACCAUAUUUGCCAGCCCAAGUGCACAACAGAUUCGCACUGCCAUCAUAGGACGAGUGCCUCAUCAGUCUAAGUCGGACCCCGACAGCGGUGUUCUCGUUAUCGUUAUGAACUACACCGGCGACGUGCUCAAUUUCGGUGUCGCCAUCGAAGCAGCAAGGGCUGAAGGAACUAAUGUCCAGAUGGUUGUUGUGGGAGACGAUGUUGCCGUCGGUCGUUCUCACGCCGGCAAAGUUGGACGCCGCGGUAUUGCUGGAACUGUGCUGGUACAUAAGCUGAGCGGCGCCCUCGCUUCAAUGGGUUAUGGCUUGACUCAGGUUGCUGCCCUAGCCCAGCUCGUCGCUGAUAACUUGGUCACGAUUGGUGCCAGCCUGGAGCGAGUGCAUGUUCCUGGGGUUCAAGAAUCAUUUAUGGAAUAUACAUCUAAGCUGGCACCCGAUGAGGCUGAAAUUGGCAUGGGGAUUCAUAAUGAACAGGGGUGGUGUCGUGCCAGCAAUACCACGUUUUCGGAUCUCAUUGCCACCAUGCUACAGUACCUUCUGGCUCAAGACGACCCAGAGAGGUCAUUCGUGGAUUUUACAGGAAAUCCCGAGAACGUUGUUCUUUUGGUGAAUAACCUUGGAGGAUUGAGUCCCUUGGAGCUAGGAGGAAUUUUGUCUGAAGCAGCAUUGCAGCUUAAACAGAAAUACGGCAUACGCAUAUUGCGGGUUCUCAGUGGCACCUAUAUGACAAGCCUUGAUGCCCGCGGUUUCAGCAUAACUCUGCUUCGUCUGGUCAAUACCGGUAUCAACGGUCUCAGCCUUAUUGACUUAUUAGACUACCCUUGCGAAGCGCUUGGCUGGCCAUCCUCUAUCCCCAAGGCGACCUGGGAGGCAGGAGACUUAGGUAAACAAGGGCAGAAUGUGGCGAGCAAGGGUGAAAAAGAGCUUAGCGGGCUCAAGUCAGAUGUCCAGAUUACAGAGACAGCUCUAGUAACCGCCUUGAACUCAGUCAUAGCCUCAGAGCCGGAAAUAACGCGCUUUGAUGUGAUUGUUGCUGUUCUUGAUCAUGUCUCUUCUCACCAUCUGACGGGAGAUAUCGUUGUCGAUUUAGCCGAUAUAGUUCUCAUUGUCGAGAACUCUAUGGAUGGUACAUCCGGUGCUCUUUACGCUAUAUUCCUCAAUUCACUUGUAGGGUCGUUGAGAUCUCUCGGACCAGGACAACUCUCAUCGAAGUCCUGGGCCAUCGCUCUAAGCAAGAGUCGAGAUGCUUUGGCCAAGUACACACCGGCUCGGCCUGGAGACAGAACCCUUGUGGAUGCAUUAUAUCCUUUCAUUGAAAUUCUUGAAAAGACUGGAAACUUGGAACAAGCUGCAUCUGCGUCAAUGAAGGCAGCAGAGGCGACUAAAGCCUUAAAAGCAAAGUUGGGAAGGACGGUAUAUCUUGGCGAUUCUGGCUUUGAGCACGUUCCAGACCCUGGAGCUUGGGGUCUUGCCCGGUUCUUUGUUGGGUUGGCUGGGUAUGAAAUAUAG